AUGCUUGGCCCUUUAAAAGAAAACUCUGACUAAUCAGAUUCUGAAGAUAUAAUCGAUGAAUAAACCAACAAUUUAAUUGGAAUAUUCAAGGUUCGUAAAUUAAUAGAUUCAGACAAAUAACCCACUGAUCCUCAAUUAGUUAAAAUAUAGGAUUAUUUGAAAUGUCCUAUAUGCUUAAGUUUAUUUAAAUAGGCAGUCUAUAUAAAGGAUUGUAGUCAUAGAUUUUGCAAGGAAUGUAUAGAGAAGAGUAUAAGAUCACAAAGAGAGAAAUCUUGUCCGACAUGCAGAAAAAAAAUAGCAACAAGAAGAGACUUGCGUGUUGAUGAGAUUGUGUCUAAAAUGCUCAAUACUGUAGUUCCUGACAUGGAAUAAUAUCGCAUAUAGGAAGACUUACAAAUAUAAUAAGAAAUUAAGAACUUUAGUUAAUAAAAAUAGAAAAAUGAGGAAAUCUAAAAAUUAGUCAGUCAAACUGAUACCAUACUAUCGUGCAACGUUCAGCUCUAUGCUCAAAAUUAAUUGAUUCAUCAAAUCGAUAAAAACUAUAUCAGAGCUCCUUUUAAUACAACAGUGUCAGACAUUAUUUAAUUGAUUGGACUCAAAUUAAAUUUGCCUGAAGAAUUCACCCAAUAUAUUGACAUUUACAUCAAUAAUGAAAUUCAAACACAAAUGGACAAAACUUUGGCUGAACUAAAUUCUGAAUAUUGGGGGAGGAAGGAAGAUUUUUAAAUUUAUAAUCCGAACGAUUUUCAUAAAUGGAGCAGUUCAGAAAUGAAUAUUGCUAAUAGAUAAAUACACUAUUCUAUAGAUAGAUUUUAUCAAGGGUAUCUUUGA